GCGUAGGGACCGCCCCUCCCUCCCCGGUGCCCGGUGCCGGCCGGGCCGGGCUGCUCCCGCCGCGGGGCUGAUACAACCGGGGUGUGGGAGGGUCUGGCUGCCCACGGACCGGGACCGGCAGCGCCCGGGGUCCCACGGACCGGGACACGCACACCCGGCAGUGCCCGGGACACGCACGCCCGGUUUCCCACGGCCCCGGGACCGACCCCCCCGGGACCUCACGGCCCCGAACAGGGACACCCCCCCCCCCCCCCCGUCCCGGAACCCGCACAGCCGGGGCCUGGCCCCACCCCCAGGCGCUGACCUCCCCCCCGUUUAAGCCGAUUACCGGAUGCUCCGGGGAAUCCGGGAUCAUUAAUAGCCGGGGAUCGGCCGCUGCGGAGCCGGUGCGGGUCCGGGUGUCCCACAGCCCUUCACCGUGAGCCGCGGGGGUCGGUUCAUCCCUCGGGGGGUCGGUUCCAUCCCUCGGGGGGUCCGGUUCCAUCCCUCGGGGGGGUCCCGGUUCCAUCCCUCGGGGGGUCGGUUCCAUCCUGCCGGGGUCCGGUUCCAUCCCGGGAGGUCCGGUUCCAUCCCGGGAGGUCCCGGUUCCAUCCCACCGGAUCGAUCGGCCUCUCAUCCGCCCAUGGCCGCGCUCUUCACCGGGAAGGUGCUGAUGGCCAACCGGGAGCAGGACGAGGUGGAGACGGAACGGGAGCUGGGCCGGGCGCUGGACAACAAGGUGCUGCUGCUCUACUUCGGCUCCGGGCAGUGCCCGCGGUGCCGGCGGUUCUCCCCACUCCUCAAGGACUUCUUCCUCCGGCUGACUGACCAGUUUUACGUGGAACGAGCUUCGCAGCUGGUCCUGGUGUACGUGUCCCGCGACGAGACGGAGGAGCAGCAGAGCGCGUUCCUGAGGACCAUGCCGAAACGCUGGCUGGCCGUGCCUUUCGGGGACGCCUUCAAAAGGGAGCUGGAGCUGCGGUUUGCCGUGUCCGAGGUGCCGGCGGUGGUGGUGCUGAAGCCGAACGGGGAGGUAAUCGUUGGAAACGCCGUGGAAGAGAUCCGGCGCGUGGGCCCCGCUUGCUUCCGAAAUUGGCAGGAGGCUGCCGAGCUGGUAGAUCGGAAUUUUCUCUUGGCAGAGGAUUUUGAGGACUGGAGCAGGAGAAGCAUCACCGACCCCAUCCGCCGCCUCAAGUACAAGCUGGACAAGAAGACGGAGGCCAAGAACGAGGAAAGGAAAGAGGAAGGCGAAGAGUCUGCUUAGGG